AUGUGGAGAAAUGUCGUUACAACGGGCGGCAGUGGAAGUUCUGCAGUUUUAUAUGUGGAAUUCACGGCUUACAAUCCAAACCAAAACCCGUCCGUCAGCAGUGGCGGUGGAGGUAAACGUAAUCGUCGUGGUGGUUCUGCUUCUACGGGUAACGGUGGAGGUUCCAAGUAUAAAUUUUACGAUGUCGAUAGUGGCGGUGCUGGUCUAGCGAAAUCAGAGAAUGGUGUUACGUACACAGUCGAACAAUCUGCUGGUGCCAUCACUGCUCCUAGCGCUUCGGUUCGUUUGUACGAAGAAAUUGAAUUGGAAAAACGCAUACGUAAACGGCGUAUGAGACUUCUUUUAGCAGUUGAGGAAGCUUUCACCCACGUCAAACGUCUUGCUGCAGAAAACUGCAAUAACGGAAACAGUGUUGGCAUUGUUGAAUGUGACCAAACUUUGGUGCCUUUCAGAAAUUCCCGAAGUAAUGGACGUAUGUCAAAGCCUAAUUGUUCUCCAGGGAAAUCUUUAGAUCCAUACGAAGCGGCACAAGCUGUUUUUCCCACUCUGAUAAGGCCGUUACAAAAGUAUAUGCGUGUUACACGUCAGCAAGCUCGUCAUCCAGUGGAUAUGGUAAUUGAUCACCUCGCUCUUUGUUUAGCCUAUGGUCUAUCACCCCAUGCUUUCUUGGAACGGUUCAAUCCUUCGGCUGCUACACCACAACAAGAUGCUGCUGCUGCAGCAGCAGCUAUUGUAACAGCGAAGAGAGCCAAGCAACAACAGAGUGUUAAGCAAGUUAACACGACAGAUAAUGCAGACUCAUGUCCUUUACUGCCUAAACAUGUACAUCCAGGAGGGCAGCAAGUUUGGAGUAUUGUGGCUGAUCGUGCUUUAUCUCGUAGUUUAGCCGAUGGUGCCAUAUUUCAGCUUCGUCGUGGAAGUGAGCUAUCAUUACUUUGUACUGUGAAACGCCUGCCACUUAUAUAUCUUGUUGAAGAAUUAUUAGAACCCCUGGAAGCUGGUAGAUUUGUUUUACGAACUGAUAAUGCCGUAUGA